CACACCUAGGUCUAGCACGCAUGUCUGAGAAAUGGAACCGAUUAUUUGAGGAAAUGUUGCUGUGGAGCAUUUGUAUCGCUCGGUAUAACUUCACAGAGAUAACCACAGCUGUUCGUCUGCUCUACAUCUGUAAGUUGGUCAGGAUGGUUGCCUUUUCCAGAGAGUAUGGAUAUGUGGUGUUAACUGGCGCUGCCAGUGUGCUCAUGCUGACACACCUGGCCUCAAGGGUUAUGAAAGCCCGCAAGAAGUACAAUGUGCAGUACCCUAAGAUGUACAGUGACGACCCAGAAACUGGACAUAUUUUCAACUGCAUCCAGCGUGCACACCAGAACACCCUGGAGAUGUACCCCGCCUUUCUGUUCUGCCUGGGCUUUAGUGGUUUACAUUGUCCGCGUCUUGCCAGUGGACUUGGAGUUGUUUUUAUUAUAAGCAGAGAGGUGUACGCACAUGGGUACUCAACAGGAGAUCCUAAGAAGAGGAUGCGUGGAGCAUUCGGAAACAUUGCUUUCAUGGGGUUGUUGGUGACCACAGCCCGCUACGGCCUCAGCCUUCUUGGCUGCACAGGACCACGGUUCGGCUCCUUCCGUCCAGCUGUUAGUCCCAACUAGAGAGUCUUCAGGAUCACUCAGUCAUUCCUUUGAUAAUCAAAACCACUCUACAUAACCAACGUAUGCGCUAACCUCUGACCAGUUUAACAUUCAAAGACAGGUGAAGUUAAUGCUUUCAAGUAAACUGACUGGUUCACCAAGAAGGGCUCUGCCUCAUUUAGGACAAUGAAUGUAGUCCGGCACUCCCACAACACACAAGACCUGACAGUUUAUCUGAGAAGCAUUUUCACCUGUGCUCUGAUUUCAACAUUUUAAAUCAUGUGGUCACAUGACUUUCAUAUUAUCUGUAGUUUUGCAAUAUACAAAUGAAGAUGCUGUAACAAAAAGUGAAGUUUCAGAGGUGAUUUAGCCUGCCAUGUUUGAAGCACAGAGUAUUACCUUAUGUUUGUAUCUGAAAGUCACUUUUUGUACAUUGAUGAACGCCUUAAUAAGGUUGUCAAACAUAUUGCUGUAGUCAAGUACAAAAAAACUACAUGUCAUGAUGAUUAUCUUGUGUUGUUGUUGCUCAUACUGAAAACAGGGUUUUGGCAUUUAUCAUGCAGAUAUUAAAUGUUAUAUAUUCAUUAGAAA